AUGACAACCACGUUUACCGCGUUCGACUCGUACAAACUAGACACUCAGUUCAGCGACGAUGGCACAUCAUUUGUACAUACCAUCCCCGAGACAAUAUCCGGAGGGAAGGUUCGAGUGGAGAGAUGGACUAGGGUGGAGCGUAUUGGAAAAGGAACGUUUGGAAGUGUGUAUAAAGAAAAGUGUGAUAAUGGGGAUGUCCGGGCGGUGAAGGUAGUCCUUCACUCAGCUAUGAAUAUAAGGGAGUUGCUGGCCUUGACUAGGAUGACGCAGUACACAGAUCACUUCGUCCAGCUGUCUGGCUGGUUUCAGGAUGAAAGGAGCAUCUACCUAGCCAUGGAAUAUUUUCCAUGUGGGGAUUUGCAUACCCUCAUCCUCGAGAGCCAAUGCGGGCUAUCGCAGCCGCAGAUAAAGACGGUCACGAUACAGCUACUUGAGGGCCUAAAGAUUAUGCACAGUCUCAACUUUUGCCACAGAGACCUGAAACCUCAGGUGUGUAUAGACUCGCUAAUCUAUGCGGAAAUGCCAACUAACAUCGGGAAGAAUGUUCUAGCCGUCACUUGGUUCCCCCUGGUAGUAAAGAUCGCAGACUUUGGCACCACAAAAGAAGCCGGAGAUGAGACAGCCCUAAGGACUAUCGUCGGUACACCCGACUAUCUGGCUCCAGAGCUUCUCGGGGUCAUUGACACGGACACCUCCGAAUAUACGGAUGCGGUUGACAUGUGGUCAAUGGGCUGUCUGAUCUUUGCAAUGGCAACGAAGAAGACGCCGUUCCCAGGAACUAAGGGGCUUGAGGCGUUUAUUAAGGGGCUGACAUUUCCAGGGGACCGAUUAAUCGAGGCCGAACUGAAAGAGUUUAUUAUGGGCUUUAUGAGACCCCUGCCGGGCGAGAGACUAACUGCUGGACAAGCAUUAGAUCACGUGUGGCUAAGCGCAGGUGCCGAUACUUGGGAUGGGGAAACAAAUUUGAGUGUACCAGGACCCGAAAGGGCGUUAACAGGUCCUAUCAGAAUUCAGACAGGCAAUGGUUUAGGUGGUGAUUAUGACACCUGGGAUGCUCAGGAUGAAGUCGAUGGUGUACCUGCCCUGUCGAGGUCGUCGGUGGGCCAAGGGCCAAUGAUGUCUUCUGCUGGAGCACGUCGACCAGACACCAAACCUGACAUGAGACGGGUUGGAGUGGCUCUCACUGAAGCUGCCGCACAUGGGCAUCGGGAAAUUGUGCAGCGUAUGCUCGAGACAGGAGCAGAUCUCACCUUCAGAGAUCAAAACGGAAACACCGCACUCCACCGGGCGGUUCAACGAGGACAUACCGAUAUUGUACGGUUUCUACUACGGGCUGGAGCCGACGUGAUGGCAAAAGGCUUUGGCGACGCCACACCCCUCAUCAUGGCUGCUGCCUGCGGGUAUAAGGAGUUGGUUCAACUACUUGUGGACGAGGGCACGGAUAUCUCUGCCAUCGAUGGUGAAGGAUACACCGUUCUCCAUGCUGCAGCUCAGAAUGGAUAUCCAGAUCUGGUACGGUUCCUGCUAGAACGUGAAGGGGUAGAUAUAGCGUCGGGAACUGGCACAGGAGUUGCCACACCUCUGCAAGUGGCUGCACGAGCAGGUUGGAUCGAUGUGGUAAAGCUGCUGCUGGAGAAAGGAGCAAGUAUUACCGAUAAAGGUCCACGUGGAUUCACAGUACUGCAUUCAGCGGCUUCGAGAGGGGAAGCGGAGGUUGUGAAAUUGCUACUCGAUCAUGGUGCCGACUGCCGGGUUAGAACCGAUGCACUCUCGACAGCGUUAACACUGGCAGCUACCGACGGGCAUGGAAAGGUGGUGAAGCUAUUGCUGGAUCGUGGUGCCGAUAUCAUGGAAACAGGACCACAUGAGUACACGGCGCUUCAUCUAGCAGCUGAGGAAGGACAUCGUGAUGUAGUUCAGCUGCUGUUACAGCGAGGUGCAGAUAUCACUGCAACUGAGAAUGAAGGAUCUACUGCCUUGCAUCUAGCAACUGCGGCUGGAUGUUUAGAAGUAGUGGAUCUGUUGGUUGGUUGGGGCGAGGGUACCGCGAUACAAGAGAGCGGAAUUGACAAAUUUCAAAACCUACCCAUCGAUUAUACAACCACCGGCAAGGGUGACUCUCUCAUCCUUGACACAGGCCCAAAAAUCCUAGACCCGACCGUGAGGGUUGUUGGCACAUUGGAUAUGCCUAGACAGGGCGACAAAGCGGCGAUAAUGGAAGAACCUAUGGCCGAUAUUGAGCAGGAAGGAAAACCUAGGCUUCCGGAGGAGGAAAGAACGGCCGAAAGGGGAUCGAUACAGAACCAAUAUGAGGUAGACAGCUCAGAGGUGGGGGAACCUCCACUACCCAAGGGAGAGGAGGCAACGGCCGAAGGAGUACUAUUACAGGAUUCCAGGGUUGGUACUUCAUCGAAAGAGGGGCCUACACCGCCAGGGGGGGGAAGAAAUAACGUUGAAGAGGAAAGACCAGAGCCUGAAAAUGAAGAAAACUCAAGAGUUCAUGUUCAGCCAAAGCUGGAAGAGGCAGCGUCGGGGAUCAAUAUCGCAGAGUCGAGGGGAAAGCUUGGGAAAUUGAGAAUAGGUAGACGGCGUUCCAGAUCUGAUAAAAAAUCGCGGUGCGUGAUAUCAUAG